AUAAAUUGGCCGAUUAACCUAAUGCCGAGAAAAAAACAUCCGUUGUACAAGGAGCUUUUGAUUUACGAUCACCAGCGAAUAGUGGCAUUUAUAUGGGACGAGUACUUACGGUCUUUAUCCGCUGAAGAAUCGACACCGCAAAGCUUAGAAGCAAAAGCAAUGAACGCGCCAAUCCAUAGCUGGGACUUUCAACGACUGUUUGACGACGUAGUCGAUGAGGAUUAUGCCGGGCCGUGGAAAAGUGGUGACGACGACGACGGUGACGACGACGGCGACGCAGCCGACCAAAGCAAAGAGGGAAACAAAGAGAAAAAGGAAAUACGGGAUCAUUUGACUGAUGUGAGCAAACUUAUUGAACAAAUUGAUAAGGCAGCUGCAACAACUCAACUGGCCGCGGUGGCCAACACAGUGGGCGAUGUAGAAAUGGAACACGUUAUUUGAAAAAAAAAUUCAAAACAAUAUGUCAGACCAUUGGACGGAUGUGCAUUGGUGUGUUUGUUUUUUUAUUCGAUUGAUAAAAUAUUUUUUAGAAUAUCUGUUAUACGACUAGCCUGUUAAUUAUCUAAAACCAUUGCAAUAGUUUGUAAAAA